AUGUCGUCUUUUCUUACACCACCAAAAUCGGGGCCUACUGGGCGCCCAGCUGCGAAACCACGAUUCGGAAAACCCAAUCCUGUCCGAGCGAUGCGAGAACGAGAAGAACGACGAGCCGCCAAUGCCGCCGCCCAUUCAAAUAACCUACGAGUUGCUGCCGUAAAUCGAAAUGCUUCAUUAGCAAAACCGAAUCGUCCACAAUGUCCGAACAAAGCUUGUCCAAAACCCAACGUCGUCGAUGGAACAUGUCAAACUUGCGGUCGUAUCUCUGACGACAGUAAUAUCGUGGCAGAAGUCACCUUUGGAGAAUCAUCUUCGGGUGCUGCUGUUGUUCAUGGUUCUUACAUUGGUGCCGAUCAAGCGGGCGUGCGAAGCAUGGGUCCUGCGUUCAGAAGAGUCGGAGGAUCUGAAGAUCGAGAGAAGAGUAUUCGGGAAGCAAAAGGCUUGAUGCAGGGUUAUGCGCAGCAGCUUAAUGUCAGCGACAGUCUGGUCACUGCAGGAACGCAAGUCUUUAAGCUGGCGUCAAGCGCAAACUUUAUCCAAGGUCGCACAUUGGCUAGUGUCGCGGCUGUCUGCUUAUACGCAGCCUGUCGAGCAGAGCCACCGUGCAAAGUUAUGCUUAUCGAUUUGGCGGACUUGGUGCAGCUCAACGUCUUCAAGCUGGGUCGCAUUUUCAAGAAGCUUAACGAGGUAGUGCCAAUUGGUAACGACGGUCUCAUUCCUGUGUAUCCGGAGGAUCUUAUCUGGCGAUUUGCGACCAAGAUGGAAUUUCACCAGGACACGGCCAAAGUCGCUGAGGAUGCUGUUCGUCUGGUCAAGCGAAUGAGUCGAGAUUGGAUGGUCAUGGGCCGUCGACCUUCUGGUAUCUGUGGAGCUUGCCUGCUCAUGGCAGCACGAAUGCACAACUUUCGACGAACUGUGCGAGAGGUUGUCUACAUUGUCAAAGUCACCAAUCACACAAUUCAGAACCGUCUGCAAGAGUUCAAGGUCACCGAGUCCAGUCGCAUGUCGGUUGAGGAUUUCUUGAAGCAGGAUUUCCUGGAGAGCUCUCAUGACCCGCCUUCUUUUUACAGGCAGUCAGCCGAAUACAAGAAGCAACUCGCCGCAAAGAACAAGAAGCGAAAGAGGCCAACAGACGCCGACGGUGACGAACAUGAGGAGGAAGAUGAUAAUCUCGCCGACAAGAUUGAUCCGCGAUUAAUAGAGGGAGGAGCUGAUCUUUCGAAGGCGCCUGUUGUCGAAUAUCGCCGCGAUGAUGACGGCUUUAUUAUUCCGCCUCUACCGUCCAAAAUCGCCAAAGACCCAUCACUUGUCAAUAGGCUGAAUGAGAACGCAGAGGAUGAAGAAGCCGAGGGCGAAGACGCGAAUGUCCAGACCCUGGAUGGCCUGGUGCAAGAGUUUGGAGACGCGAUGGAGGAUGAGCUCGCGGAGAACGGUACACAAGAAACGAGCCAACGGAAAGGCAGUAAACCGCAAUUACCCAUCAACGAGGAAUGGGAGCAGGAUGAGCAAGAACUCGAGGGCGUGAUUGAGGAGAUCUUCAAUGAUCCUUUAACAUACGAGCACGCCAUGGCUUACACGACUGCCGAGCAACGAGCACGAAUUCACACGGUUUGGGCUUUGCAGCAACGGCCCCAGAAAGAAGUUUCUAUGUCGGCGGAUGUUACAGAGGAUGAGUUUGCCGACGACCCCGAGGUGAACAACUGUUUGCUGUCGCCCGAGGAGGCUCAGAUCAAGGAAAUGAUCUGGGUGAACCAGAACAAGGAAUGGCUACGAAAACACCAAGAGAAGGUGUUCCGAAAGAAAGUUGAGGCAGAACGACCGAAGCAAACACGAAAGCGACGUAAGCGAGCUAGAAUGGGCGAAGGCCAGACCAGCCCAGCCAGCUCAGCCGCCGAGGCCGCAGUCAACGUCGCGAAAGACCGCGCCUGGUCCAAGAGGAUCAAUUACGACGCCAUCCGCAACAUUUUCGACAUGCCCAACCUCGGAGGUCCCGGUUCAGAAGCUACAAGUCGCAAGACAAGCGUGGCGGGAAGUACAAAAGGCGGGGACGACGCGAGCGAAGCUCCAGAUGAGAGUGUCGCUGGCGAUGAACCCGAAGCGCCACAGGAGGAAGAAGAGUUUGAGGAAGAGGAGUACGAUGAGACGCAGAACUACGGCGAUGGCGAAGAGUUUGGUGGUGGUGGUGAUGAGUUUGGCGGCGGGUAUGAUGAGGAUGAUCCGGAGAUGGAUGCUGAGUAUGGACUUGAGGAGUAUGCUUGA